GCCUGGCCUGGGAAUCUGCUGUUUCCCAUUCCAGGCGCAGGGGCACAACAUGGCGGAUUAGGAAGCGACCGACGCGCCCGGAUACAACGAACAAAUCGUGGGAUACCGAUUCCCUGUGUCGUGAAGAGACCAGAAGUAGGCUACACGCUUUGCGGAUAGGAGGAUCUUGGCUAAAACCAACAUACGGGUUCUUGAGACAUGCAUUUUGGAUACUAGUAAGCAUCUUCGUUUCGUUGCCCCACUCCAAAUUGGCUGUCUGUCCGAGAUCAUUUCUAUCACCCAGGCCCCCCACCCCGAACACACUCUCGGUUCCUGGGGUGUGGAGACAGGGGCCGGGGAAGUGGAAAAUAAUCGCACUUUAUCUGGAACAUCAGGCUCCAUAGCACGGGACAGGGGUGUCAAGGAGAUCAUUGGGCGAAUGAGUUAGUGAUGCAGGUUACGUUUCUCCUGGGCAGUAUGGGUGUCUAUCCUCUGCUCCUGCUGCAGGUGGCCUUUGUGGCCCUCAGCAAGGCCCAGGCACUCCCUGACCCUUCAGGUGCAUUCCUGACCACCAAACCUACAGACCCUCCUCCCAAGUCACCCACCAUCGUAGUCACCCAGGUGCCCCCAUCAAUCAUCCCAGCUGUGACACCAUCCAUUGAACUUGUUGCAACAACAAGCAUCAAUGACACUGGGGGCGCAGUGACCCCAGAGGUUCCCCCUCCAACUGUGCACAUCCCGACCGAUCUGCCUUCUGCCCCUUUAACCCCAUCUGCUGUGUCCCCGUCCCUCAGCACCAACAAAACCGGGGAUUCGGAGACUACAGUUUUGACUACAUUCAAUACCCCGACUCAAACCAAUCUCUAUUCCACUGAGGAAUCUACAGAACCCGAGUCGGACAUACCGUUUGCCACUACACAUGCCACCACAGCUGAUGUCAGCAAACCUCCAGAUGACACUGCGAUCAUGGCUGUGAUGGUUGCCCUGUCCUCGCUCCUGGUGAUCGUCUUCAUUAUUGUCGUCCUGUACAUGCUCAGGUUUAAGAAGUACAAGCAGGCAGGGAGCCACUCCAAUUCCUUCCGCCUGACCAAUGGCAGAGCUGACGACACAGAACUUCAGAGUGUGCCACUAUUGGCUCGGUCCCCUAGUACCAACAGGAAGUACCCGCCCCUUCUUGUCGACAAACUAGAGGAGGAAAUGAACCGUCGAAUGGCAGAUGACAAUAAACUCUUCCGGGAAGAAUUUAACGCAUUGCCUGUGUGUCCCAUUCAAGCCUCAUGUGAUGCUGCCUCGAAGGAAGAGAACAAGGAGAAAAACAGAUAUGUCAACAUCCUUCCCUACGAUCAUUCCAGGGUGCAUUUGACCCCUUUGGAGGGUGUUCCUGACUCGGACUACAUCAAUUCUUCCUACAUAAAUGGAUACCAAGAAAAGAACAAAUUCAUUGCUGCACAAGGGCCAAAAGAGGAGACUGUCAAUGAUUUCUGGAGGAUGAUCUGGGAACAGAACACUGCCACCAUUGUCAUGGUAACCAACCUGAAAGAGAGGAAAGAGUGUAAAUGUGCCCAGUACUGGCCAGACCAGGGCUGCUGGACUUACGGAAAUAUCCGGGUGUCAGUGGAGGACAUGAUGGUCCUGGUGGACUACACCAUUCGCAAGUUCUGCAUCCAACAGGUGGGUGAUGUUUCUGGUAAGAAGCCUCAGAGGCUGGUAACACAGUUUCACUUCACUAGCUGGCCGGAUUUUGGAGUUCCUUUCACUCCCAUCGGCAUGCUGAAGUUCCUAAAGAAGGUCAAGACUUGUAACCCACAGUAUGCAGGACCCAUUGUGGUGCACUGCAGUGCUGGUGUGGGCAGAACGGGGACCUUCAUCGUAAUAGACGCUAUGCUGGACAUGAUGGGAGCGGAGAAGAAAGUCGAUGUCUUUGGGUUUGUCACACGGAUCAGAGCUCAGCGCUGCCAGAUGGUCCAAACCGACAUGCAAUAUGUGUUCAUAUUCCAAGCCAUGCUAGAGCACUACCUGUAUGGAGACACAGAGUUGGAAGUGACGUCUUUGGAGUCUCACCUGGCAAAACUUUACGCUCCUUUACCUGGGGCUGGCUGUGGUGGCCUGGAGGCAGAGUUUAAGAAACUCACCUCCAUAAAAAUCCAGAAUGACAAGAUGAGAACAGGGAACCUGCCUGCCAACAUGAAGAAGAAUCGUGUUUUGCAAAUCAUUCCAUAUGAGUUUAAUAGAGUGAUCAUCCCUGUAAAACGAGGGGAGGAGAACACAGACUACAUUAACGCCUCUUUUAUAGACGGCUACAGGCAAAAGGACUCAUACAUGGCGUGUCAGGGGCCCCUACAGCACACCACCGAGGACUUCUGGAGGAUGAUCUGGGAGUGGAGGAGCUGUUCUAUUGUUAUGUUGACUGAACUGGAGGAGAGAGGACAGGAGAAGUGUACUCAGUACUGGCCUAGUGAUGGUGCGAUGACUUGUGGGGACAUGUCCAUUGAAUUAAAGAGAGAGGAGGAAAGUGAGAGCUACACUGUUAGGGACCUUCUCGUCACCAAUAACAGAGAAAAUAAGUCUCGCGCGGUAAGGCAGUUUCAUUUCCACGGCUGGCCAGAGGUGGGCAUCCCCACAGAUGGGAAGGGCAUGAUCAAUAUUAUCGCUGCGGUUCAGAAACAGCAGCAGCAGUCUGGAAACCACCCAAUCACUGUGCACUGCAGUGCCGGUGCCGGGCGUACAGGGACGUUCUGUGCUCUGAGCACGGUUCUGGAGCGGGUGAAGGCAGAGGGCAUUCUGGACGUUUUUCAGACGGUGAAGAGUCUAAGACUACAGAGACCGCACAUGGUGCAGACACUGGAGCAGUAUGAGUUCUGCUACAAAGUGGUCCAGGAAUAUAUUGAUGCCUUUUCUGACUAUGCCAACUUUAAGUAAAGCCACGGCCAGCUGAAAGAGGAUUGGACAGACACUCCCAGCCUCACAGAGGAUAUGCACUCGCAUCUACACUCACACAAACACCACAAAAAUACUCAACUGGGGAAAGAGACAGACUGCCAGCACAAAGCAAAAGGGAAUGGAAAUCCUUUGACCAACAAGGAUGAGAUGAAAAUCAUUGGUGAUGAAGAUGGAGAAAAAAACAAACAAAGAAAACACCAUUAGAGAUGCCUUCUUAAAUAUUUUGUAAUAUUGCUCUUGUUAAUAUGGCCCAUACCCAUUUCUCUUUGUAAAUAUGCUCUUAUUUUUUUUAUUUUUUUUAAGAAGCUGUUCUGUUGCAGUUUUAGAGUGACCUUUCAAAUAUAGUUUUCUCUGGUAUAUGAAAAUGUACAUUUUUGAAAACGCCGCUGUAAAGAUGCGAUAGAGCAGUAGCAUGUGGCAAGAUGAGGUUGCUUUUUCACUGGUGUUUUUACAAGAAAUUAUUUCCACCUUUUUCUGCAGUUCAGUGACUGAAACUUAUUUGAAUAGCAGCUCAAUACAACUUUUGCUGUUGCCUGUAGCUAUGUAGUGUAUGAUGUAGCACUGCUAAAAAUCAGCUUAAACAAACCUAAGAUUGUUUGCUGUCUUAGCUGUUCUGAUCGGACUGGUUUUAGCGGGAUUUUGGGCACUAGAAAAAUGUGGCCAGUGUGGGAGACCAACUAUAACCAGCAAGCCAGCUUAAGUUUUUUAAUUUUUCUCAGUAGGGAUCAGAAAUGACCAAUAGUAAUGUUACUCAUCAGUGUCAGAAAACACAAUACUGCAAGCACUUGCAUUCACAGAAAUGCAGUAAUAGAGACAUGCUGUUAUUUUACUUCACUGUGCUUUUAAAUUGUGUUCACUGGAAUGACAAUUAUGACAUUUUGAUUGGUGGAUUGGAUGAUGUCAUCUCUCAAUGCAUCAGAUAUGGUGUAUAUUUUAACAGGUGUUCUUUCUUUAGUUCGCAUCCUUUAGAAUACACCUUAAACAUCCUUUUGAAGAUGUUGCGACUGAGACGUGUGUAUUGUGAACUGUGCAACUUUGUUGGAUCCAUUUUUUUACAAUGUGUCAGACCCAACUUAGCUUAUGUCAGUGUUCUGUUUUGGUUCAGACUAGACGAGGAUAGAAGUCGAUUAAAGACACAAUUAAACUUAUUGGAAAGGGAUAGUUCUCUCAAAACUGAAAAAUUCCAAACUGUAUGACUUCUGUGAACUGUCACAUUUUACUUUCCUUGUAUGGAAAAAAUAUCCAAUGAAAGUGAAUGGUGACAGAGCCUGUCAGUCCCUAACAUUUUACUUGACAUCAUCAUUUGUGUUCCACAGAAUAAAAUUAGUAAUACAAGUUUGAAACAGUAUGAAUGUGAGUAAAUGAUGGCAUUUUUCAUUUUUGGCAGAACUAUCCCUUUAAAGAAGUCUUGAGGGUUUACAUUUUGUGGAUACAUGGUCUUAGAGGAAAGAUAGUUUGUCCUCCGACUAUUGUGUAAUAUUUUGUGCUUUUUGCACUUCCCCUUUUUACUAUCCAAGAUGUGAUCUAUUUCUGCCCAUAAGGCUUUGCUUGCUUUGUAUUGAAGUUUUAUGCAAUGCUUGAUUUUUUUUUUUAUUUUUUUUUUUUUCUACCUUUCUUGAUUACUCUUAACAGCACCUUUUGUAUUUGCGAUUGUAACCAAGGAAAUGACGUGUUUGCUUGCCCGGACAUCUGUUGAUUGGCCUUAACGAUUGUACUUGACAAUACUAACGUGUAGGCAGUUACAUUUCCUUCCUCUGUUGACUGCCUCGUAGGAUCACUGGGGGUCAUUUUCCUCAAAAUUCUUCUAAGGUACAGUGUGCAAAGGUUAUUCUAGAAAUGAUCACCUGAUCAUCUGUUCCUGCCCAUGUAAAGGACUUCAGCCGCUGUGCUUAAGUCAAUGAGCCCCUUCAGCUCCACUGAGCCAGUUAAGUCAAUAUGCAAGAUACUUUAAAAAGUGAUACUUUCAUUAGCAACUUCUCCAAGCCUGUGGCUUGCAAAACAGAUAGAACAGAUACCCAUUAAUGUCUUGGCAUUCAAGUGGUCUCAACUGUUGGAUGUGUUUUACCUUAAAGGGGAAGUGUCACAAAUGGAUCACAUCCCAUUCGAUUGAUCAUUAGACAGAUAUGCUAUGUGAUUCAGCUUAAAUGUGUAAAGCUGAUUGAUUGUUAUUGGAAAGAAUUCUUAAAUUAUUCCUUGUAAGUUUUGCAAUGUGGCUGGUUAAUGUUACAGUUACCACCUGGUUUAUGUUAUCUAAUGUUUUGAAAAGGUUUAGCCCUUGGUCCACACUGCCUUGUCUUAUGAAAUGUAUGUAAUCGAUCAUAAGUGUAUGUAAACCCAAUGGGUUUCACUCUAAAAUAGUCACCUAUCAGUCAUUCCAGAUUAACAGGGAUCUUGAUGGAUCUUUUAAAGUAUUUUUUAUAUUAUUUAAAAUCCAUGAUUUUAAGGAUCAAAGAGAAAAGGGCGUGUUACAGCUAAAAGGAGCAAAGUAGGUCCAUUUUAUAGGCUUUAAUGGGUUCAUCUUAAAAUACAGUACUGUGCAAAUGUUUUAGGUACUUGUGAAAAUUGUUGCAUAGUGAGAUAAAUAAUAAAAAUAAUGACAAAUAGUUUUCAUUUAUCACUUAAUGCUAUACAAAGUCCAGUAAACGUAAAAAAGCUAAAUCAAUUUCGGUAUGACCACCUUUGCCUUUAAAACUGCACCAAUUCUCCUAGGUACACCUGGACACAGUUUAUCUUGGUUGUUGGUAGAUAUGAUGUUCCAAGAUUCUUGGAGAAUUCACCACAGUUCUUCUAUCUAUUUAGGCUGUCAAUUGCUUCUGUCUCUUUAUGUAAUCUCAGACUGUCACGAUGUUCAGUGGGGGGGGGGGCUUUGUGGGGGCUAUGGCAUCUGUUGCAGGGCUUCCUGUUCUUCUAUUCUAAUUUUUUUCUAUUUGCAAAAGUAAUGUUUGGAAGUCUAACAUUUAUAUGUCCUAUUGACUCUAAUGUAGCAGAUAUAAAUAACCAUCAUAAGACAAAUAAUUUUGUGAAACAUCUGAUGUGCCUUUACCUUAAGACUUUUGCACAGUACUGUAUAUUCCAGGAAAUGCUGAAAAAUUCGCUUAACAAUCGCGUGUGCAUGCGAUUUAUAUGAAUACAAGUUUUGUGUUUUACUGCUGUGAUAUACUUAAUGCCACACUAACCCCUAUUUCAUGAGACACUGUGCCAAUACCAGCCUCUCCGAGGCUGGAUCCUUCUUUAGAGGUACGGCUGGGAAAGUGCCUCGAUACGUUUUUGUAGCUUGAAGCAUGUCCCGGUCCGUUCUUUUGUAGCCAAUGCUCUCACAAUCCCAACCUGACGCACUCAACAUAUAUUUGGGAAAUAUUGUUGCCGAUUCACAGCUGUGUCCCAAAUGGCAUAUGAUAAUCUGUACUGAAACCCAAAUGAUGUGCUUAAUUGCUUCUUAACCCUGAUAUGGCUCUUUGUUUGUAGUGUGCCAGGUUAUAAAGCUAUUUUUCAAUUCUUCGUCAAUUAUUCCCAUUAUUUAAUCAAUGUAAUCUCUUGAACCCACAAUCCUGUAUCCUGUAGGAAGUCUUCUAGUCAGUUCUCCACACCGAAGGGAUACAUUUUCACCAUAAAAUGAAAAUUCUGUAGUAACAAAGUCAAACAUGUUUUUUUAAGUUUAGCAGAAUGGUUUUGCUGCUCUUUUCCAUUCAAUGGAAGUGGAUGGUGGUUCAUUUUUGACCUGGACAGCAGUGGGUCAGUCAUGCACUUUUAUUAUGUGGAAACACAAUAAAGCAGUGUCAAUAUUCUUAAAAUGUCUUUGUUUGUGUUCUACAAAAGAGACUCAUUUUACAUCUAAAUAUGUUUUGGGUGAAUAAACAAUAACAGAAUUUUCAUUUUUGUGUGUACUAUUCCAUUAAUCUACGGAGAGUGAGAUAGCAAUGCUCCUUUGAUUAAGAAGGGAAGUCACGUGCCUGGAGGCCCCUGUUCAAUGUCACGCUGUGCUCAAUGAGAAAUAGAUUAAGAUUCGACCUGCUCUUAUAAGAAUGAAUAAAUGUGGUAUAAGAAGAGAUUUUUUUUUUUUCUCCAAACACCUUCUUAGUAUUUUCUUUCCUUUUAAACAAAAGCUUUGAUUGGAUAAUAUCUAAAUGUUACACCUUUAGAGCGCCUGCUUAUUUACGUUCCAUAAAUCCUAAAAACUUUCCUCUUUUGAGUCCCCUUUCCACUUUUUCUUUUCAUGCACCCUUAUGUACAUAAUGUAAGGUUAUUUAUAUUUCAUUCCUAUCUGUUGCCUUAUUUGUUUUAUCUCUUUGCUUUUUUUUUUUUUUAAGAUACUUGUAUAUUAAAACUGUAUUGGGACCAUUUUGAAAUUUAUUAGGUGUUUUCUUUUUUUCUGUUUUUAAUUCUGUAUUAUUACUGUCUUAAUUUGCAUCAGUUUUCUAAUGUUUUGGUAUUCAAAUUUGAAUAUAUAUAUGUAUAUAUAUAUAUAUAUAUAUAUAUAAUUAUAUAUAUGAUGCAAAUUAUAUAUAAUUAUAUAAUGCCAAACGGCUUUUCUAAGCAAGAUAUUGUUAAAACCUAAUAAACAUGCUUGAGAUUUUAUCAGCUGUCAUCA